CGGCCUUGGAAGACGGACGGUUCGUGGGAGCUCACCACUCUGUUCAUGAAGGAACGUAACGACAUAGGCUUCCAGAAAUCGAAUUCCGAAUUUGGAAUCAUACCAGGAUCAAAAUCGGCUGCCCACCGUCUCAGAAUCUCCGUUUGAUUCCAUUGCUUCUUUACCUCAAUCUGCGCUGACUUUUGUUCUACGUGUUCGUGCUGCUUCAUUCACGAGUGUCCCACGUUCUUGCCACUCCAAAACGCCACAGAACUUCAGUUUUUCCAUUUUGAGGUUAUUUUAUUUCAUCGGAUCAGCUGAUAGGCGUUCAUUUUGAAUUGUGUUUUUUUCAAUGAAUUUUGGACUAGACUUAUGCGAGAGUAAGAGAGAUUGAUGUGAAGUGGAAGAUGGAUACGGCGUGGUCAUGAGUGAUUGGCCACGAAAUAUGCUGGUGAGGUUGUGAAUGUGAGGUUGCGGGUCGAGUUUUAUGUUUGGCUUUGGAAAUGGGGCAGAGUUCGAAGAAGAAGCGGCGUGGUGGGGGAAGGGGUGGGAAGAGGAGCAAAGGAAGGACACCACUGACAGAUUACUCGUUCAGUGGUGAAGAGAGCGAGCUUAUCACAGAAGAGAUGACUGCAUUGUGUGCGAUCUUUCAAGAAGACUGCAAAGUUGUCACUGGUCCUUCUCCUCAAGUUACCAUCAAACUUAAACCAUAUUCAAAUGACAUGGGGUUCGAAGAUCUAGAUGUAUCUGCUCUUCUUUCGGUGAAGUACUUACCUGGAUACCCAUACAAAUGCCCAAAGUUGCUUAUAACUCCGGAGAGAGGUUUGGCAAAAGGUGACAUUGAAAAGCUACUUUCUCUUCUCCACGAACAGGCAAAUUAUAACGCUCGAGAUGGAAGGAUCAUGGUUUUCAAUUUGGCAGAGGCUGCUCAGGAAUUCUUGUCAGAAAUAGUAACUAUAGGAGAAUCAAAUGAAUCAGUUGGCUGUUCUCAUACUGCUGGCAGUUCUCUAUUGCUUCCAGACAAGAUAACUUCAAAUGAGAAGAAAGGACCUUAUGUUCAUGGCUAUAUAGACCUCUUCAGUGGUUCUGGGGAGUUGUGGAGCUGGACCUAUGACAUGGACGAGAAACUCAACUCCCAAGGACAACCUCUUGUAGCAGAUAGCUUGAAACUAGGAACAGCUCAAGAAAAGAAGCUUGAUAAAGUUCAAAAUUUAUUGGCUCGGCAAAAUUCAAAGCGAGGUGAAUUAUUGUUUCCAUCGUCUAACCUAGGUACCCUCGAGGAAGAAACUGAAGAUGACAGUCGGAGCAUAAGUUCUUCUAAUUCAAGAAGAUCAUUAAUCGUACAGAGGGAUGAAGAUGGUAUUGAACGUGAGAAGCAGCAUGAAGUCCUUAUACCCGGACAAGAUUCUAUUCUCACAUCCAAUGUUGCUGAAGGUGAUGAUCAUGGAUCUGAAAGUGAGCCUUCAGAGUGGUCUUUUGCUUCCUUGAAUAAUGAACAAGAGUCCCAGACUAUUGAUAGGGAUAUAAUGAUGGUUCAUCUGCUCCAUCUUGCAUGUGCUCCUAAAGGACCAUUGGCUGAUGCUCUGCCAAAAUUGGCAUCUGAACUUUACAAUUUGGGGGUCCUGUCAAAAGUGGCUCUGGAUUUAGCUUCUAAACCAUCUUCCACGUUUCAUAAAAAAUUUAAGACUGCUUUCCAGGAACAGAUGAAUGCUACUAGUUUCUCCCAGUUUUGGAAUCCUUCUGAUUUUGGUGGCUCAGCAUCUUCUCAACUGAGUUCUCGGUAUCUUAACGAUUUUGAGGAGCUAAAGCCCCUUGGUCAUGGUGGUUUUGGACAUGUGGUAUUAUGCAAGAACAAAUUAGAUGGACGACAUUAUGCUGUGAAAAAAAUUCGCCUAAAGGACAAAAUUUUGCCCAUCAAUGACCGCAUCUUAAGGGAGGUGGCCACUCUUUCCCGUUUACAACAUCAACAUGUUGUUCGGUACUAUCAGGCAUGGUAUGAAAGUGGUGUUUCUGAUUCUUAUGGAGAGGCGGCUUGGGGUUCGGUGACGCCAUUGAGUUCUACUUUCAGCUAUAAAGGUGCGAGUGCAACAGAUACAGAACAUGAGAAUAAGAUGGAAUCAACAUAUCUCUAUAUCCAAAUGGAAUAUUGCCCUAGGACUCUUCGCCAGGUUUUUGAAUCAUAUACUCAUUUUGAUAAAGAAUUGGCAUGGCAUUUAUUCCAUCAAAUUGUGGAAGGUCUGGCACAUAUACAUGGACAAGGGAUCAUUCAUCGAGAUUUAACUCCAAGUAACAUUUUCUUUGAUGCCCGCAAUGAUAUCAAAAUCGGGGAUUUUGGUCUUGCUAAGUUCUUGAAGCUGGAGCAAUUGGAUCAGGAUAUAGGUGUUCCUCUAGAUACAACGGGAGUUUCAAUUGAUGGUACUGGUCAAGUUGGGACUUAUUUUUAUACAGCACCUGAAAUUGAACAAGGAUGGCCGAAGAUUGAUGAAAAAGCUGAUAUGUACAGCUUAGGGAUUGUGUUUUUUGAACUCUGGCACCCUUUUGGGACUGCGAUGGAAAGACAUCUUGUUCUAUCUGAUUUGAAGCAGAAAGGAGAACUUCCAACUGCUUGGGUUGCCGAAUUUUCUGAACAAGCAUCCUUGUUACGACGUUUAAUGUCUCAGAGUCCAUCUGACCGUCCUUCAGCCUUGGAACUUCUCCAGAAUGCCUUUCCUCCAAGAAUGGAGUACCAAUUGUUAGAUAACAUUCUACGGACAAUGAAAUCAUCGGAGGACUCAAGUAUAUAUGACAGAGUUGUUAAUGCUAUUUUCGAUGAAGAGACAUUAGUGAUGAAAGAUGACAGACAUGAUUGUGGUACUGCCCCUAUCCAGUACACCGAUUUGGGCACUGAAGUUCGUGAUCAUGUUAUUGACGCCACAAGGGAGAUGUUCAGGCUGCAUUGUGCAAAGCAUUUGGAAAUAAGUUCCAUGUAUUUGUUGGACGGCUCUACGCAAAUCAAUAGGAACACGGUCAAACUUUUGAGCCACGGAGGAGAUAUACUUGAACUAUGUCAUGAGCUGCGUUUACCUUUUCUUAAUUGGCUUGUCUCCAGUCAGAAAUCUUCAUUUAAACGAUACGAUAUAUCGUGUGUCUAUAGAAGAGCAAUUGGACAUUCACCUCCAAACCGAUACCUUCAGGGUGAUUUUGAUAUUAUUGGGGGUACAUCGGCUUUGACUGAGGCAGAGGUUAUCAAGGUGACUGUGGACGUUAUUUCAUAUUUUUUUAAUUCAGAUUCUUGUGAUAUACACUUAAACCAUGGAGAUCUGUUGAAUGCUAUUUGGUCUUGGGUUGGUGUUAAGGCAGAACAUAGACAUAAAGUGGCAGAGCUGCUUUCUAUGAUGGUAUCCUUACGUCCUCAAUCUUCUGAGAGGAAAUCUAAGUGGGUUGUGAUAAGGCGCCAACUAUUACAGGAACUCAAAUUAGCACAAGCUGUUGUAAAUAGAUUGCAGACUGUAGUUUUUAGGUUCUGUGGUGCUGUGGAUCAGGCACUUCCUAGAUUGAGGGGAGCACUUCCAACAGAUAAACCAAUGCAUAAAGCACUUGAUGAGUUGUUAAACCUUUUCAACUACCUGAGAAUGUGGAGGCUUGAAACAAAUGUUUACAUAGAUGCUUUAAUGUCACCAACUGAGGGUUAUCAUCGAGAUAUAUUUUUCCAGGUAUACUUAACAAAGGAGAAUAAUCCUGGUUCACAUCCCGAAGGUGCUUUGCUUGCUAUUGGUGGCCGCUAUGACUACUUGCUGCAAAAAAUGUGGAGCCGUUCAUCUAAAAGCACCCCUCCUGGAGGCGUCGGGACGAGCAUUGCAUUAGAGACUAUAAUUCAGCAAACUACAGUAGAUUUGAAACCCAUCCGAAAUGAGGGGAGCACUGGUGUCUUGAUUUGCUCGCGAGGAGGAGGUGGACUAUUGUUAGAACGCAUGGAACUUGUUGUGGAGCUAUGGGAGGAGAAGAUUAAGGCUCAGCUUGUCCCCACACCUGAUCCCAGCCUCACGGAGCAAUAUGAAUAUGCUAACGAGCAUGACAUAAAAUGUCUUGUUAUUAUUACAGACUCUGGUGUAUCUAACACUGGUUCAGUAAAGGUUCGACAUCUAGAACUCAAAAAGGAGAAGGAAGUUGAGCGCACAUCCAUUGUCAAGUUUCUCCAGGAGGCAAUGGCAAGCCAGUUUAAAAAUCCUCUCAUUUGGAAUUAGAACUGUUCACUGCAUUACUCUUCUACUCGCCUGAUGUUCUAUAGAUGCUUGAUCACAAGCUUUUCAACCAUGUGUGGUUACUAUAUUAAGAUUUAUGAUUUCCACAGCCAUACUGAAAUGGAGAGAACAGAACAAUGUCCAGGUCUUCUUGGCCAUGCUCAAUGAAGUUGGAUACUUUGAGCUCUCUCAUGAACUCACUUAAUGUAAUCAUCGUUGAUCGGUGUCUGUCUUUGUGCAGAACCAGGUGAGUACUAUAUUUUAGUCCAUCCAUCCGACUGAGAAUAGUGGUUCAGUUUUGGGGUUAAACUUUGUAUAUACACAUAGUUGCAUACGUAUAUAACAUCUAAGAUAGUUGUGUUCAAUUAUAUCUUGUGAUUUUUUUUUCCUGGUC